CCAACAUUAUUUAUUCUGAUUCUUACACAACAUGAUGCUUAUAACCAACGUAAAGCUAUCCGAGAGACGUGGGGUAGGAUAGCUCGUCAUGAACCUUGGCCUGGUCGACGAUUACUCGGUGAAGUUCGACUGAUAUUUUUACUGGGUGCAAUCGAUAACGCUCCUCUGAAUAAAGCAGUUCAAAUUGAAGCCAGUGAACAUAGAGAUAUAGUGGAGGCCAACUUUAUAGAUUCCUAUUUCAAUUUGACUCUCAAAGUGUUAAUGGGUAUCAAAUGGGUUCGAACUCAUUGUCCCAAAACUAAAUAUAUCAUGAAGAUGGACCAUGACGCGUUUGUGGAUAUUCCAAGAUUAGUUAAUUUGCUAGUGUCGACGUAUAUGGAAAAUGGAAUCUACGGACCGUUCUCGUAUUCUGAAGGGGUUGCACGUGGAACUGGAAAGGGGUCAGUGGCGUAUGAAGCUUAUCAACCGAAAAUGUAUCCACCACACGUGAAGGGCAACUCGUAUAUUAUACCCUAUCCUCUUGCAGUGAAAAUUAUGAACGUUUCUCAAUAUUUUCCUUACGUGAAUGUUGAAGAUGCGUGUAUU